AUGAGGAGGAAGAUGAGGAGGAGGAGGAGGAGGAGAACUUCAAAAUACUAAAGAAGAGGAAAAUGUCAGCUUCAUUAAAAUCUACACCACAGAUUAUCGGCAAGAAGAGAAACUUUUCAAAGAAAGAUGCAACCCCUGGUAUCCAUAGCAGAUCAACCCCCUGUAAGACCCCCUCACAGCCUCUGGAGCAUGCACGAGUCAGGUUGCAUGUCUCAGCAGUACCAGACAGUCUCCCAUGUAGAGAUCAAGAGUUUGCUGACAUCUUCUCCUUCGUCAAGUCAAAAACUAUUAGAUGGUACAGGAGGCUGCAUGUAUAUCUCUGGCGUGCCGGGCACAGGCAAGACGGCUACAGUCAUGGAGGUGCUUCAUUGGCUGAAGCAAGAUGCCGAAUCUAAAGAUAUACCCAAGUUCAAAUGUGUGGAGGUCAAUGGAAUGAGACUAACAAAUCCUCAUCAGGCAUAUGUUCACAUUAUUAAGAGUCUAACUGGGAAGAAAGCAACCCCAGAGCAUGCAGCUACUCUACUAGAUAAACUUUUCAGUGCAAAUAAAGCUACCAAGAUGCCAACAGUACUCAUUGUAGAUGAGCUUGAUCUGCUAUGGACUCGCAAGCAGGGUGUUUUGUACAGUAUCUUUGAUUGGCCAACCAGACCUAAUGCUCAGCUGAUUGUUGUUGCCAUAGCAAACACCAUGGAUCUCCCAGAGCGCAUCAUGAUGAACAGGGUGGUCAGCAGAAUGGGACUGACUCGAAUGACCUUCCAGCCUUACACUUACAAACAACUUCAAGAGAUAGUUGAAAGUCGUCUCAAGGGCAUUGAUGCAUUCAAUUCAGAUGCUGUUCAGCUUGCAGCGAGGAAGGUGGCUGCUAUCUCAGGAGACGCAAGACGGGCCCUGGACAUCUGUCGUCGUGCUACCGAGAUCGCCGAGGUUCAUGCCCGUAAGAGCAAGAAGAAGGCAGUAGUCGGCAUGGCUCAGGUUGAUGCAGCCGUCACCGAGAUGUUCUGUUCACCCAAGAUUGUGGCUAUGAGGCAAGCUUCAGAGCAGGAGCAAAUCUUUUUGAGAGCUGUCAUCUCAGAGUUCAGACAGUCUGGUUUAGAGGAAGCUACAUUCGCUGAGGUUCUACAACAACACAUAUCACUGUGCAGGAUAGAAGGUCAGUUGCCCCCUACGGUAUCAGAUGUCUGGGGGGUGUGCAAGAGACUGGCAUCAACCCGACUGCUGCUCCUAGAGGCAAGCACCAAUGAACUAGGACAGAGAGUGCGUCUCAACGUCAGUCAGGACGACGUACGCUAUGCCUUGGACUCCCGUACCAAAUGAUGAUUCAGGAUCUGUGCUAAUGCGACGUUAAGAAUCCGUACUUUCAAAGCUGGCCGUUGUGGGACGUGAAACAAAACUGUCCAGAUUUGAAGCUCUUGUCGAGAAAUGUGACAUUUUCAAGAUAUUUGAAUUAGAAGCGAGACGAUGUACAAUAUGCCAUUGACCUCGGUUAUCAGUAAUGACGCUCCAUUAUGUGUA